AAAAAGGCCCAACAAAGAAUGUAACAUUACAAAACCCUAAGGCCUCUCUCUCGUUUAAGCCAUUCUACCCUCCCAUCGCUAUUACAUCCACGCAGCGAGCCGCUUCGCUAUACGGAACGAGUUAGGCAGCAAAGAUGAGUCGAGGAACUGCGGCGGGAGCCAAGGGGAAGAAGAAGGGAGCAACGUUCGUGAUCGACUGUGGGAAGCCGGUGGAGGAUAAGAUCAUGGAGAUCGCCUCGCUGGAGAAGUUCCUCCAGGAGAGAAUUAAGGUCGGCGGCAAGGCUGGUGCUCUCGGGGACUCCAUCACCGUCACUCGCGAGAAGACCAAGAUCACCGUCACCUCCGACUCCACAUUCUCUAAACGGUAUCUUAAAUACUUGACAAAGAAGUACUUGAAGAAGCAUAAUGUGAGGGAUUGGCUGCGAGUAAUUGCUUCCAACAAAGAGCGAAAUGUGUAUGAGCUACGGUACUUCAACAUUGCGGAGAAUGAGGGGGAGGAAGAAGAAUGAAGUUUCGGUGCUGUGUUUUAUCAAAAUAUUAUCUUGUACUUGGCUUGACUUUCUAGAGCCUCUUUCUUACAAGUGUGGCUGUUGAAUCUUUCAAUUUAGUUGGGCUUGUUUGGUAGUUUGUGAGUUAUUCUCUUUGACAAGUAUGUUUCAGUGAUUUUGGUUCCUUUUAAAGUUUUAAUCACUGCAGCAAACCUAGAAUUGGGACGUGAUAAA